UUUCCAGGCUUGGGGAAAAAAAUUUUGGGAGAAGAAUCCAAUGAGUUUACAAAUGAUUUGGGAGAAAAGAUCACUGUAGAACUGCAGUCCACGGAGGAGGAAACAGCAGAACUGCUCAGCAGAGUCCUUAAUGGCAACAUGCUGGCAUCCGAAGCAUUGGCUAAGGUGGUGCACCAGGAUGUGGACCUAACUGACCCCUCUCUGGAGGCCCUGGAGAUCAGCAUCCCGCAGGACAUUCUGGGAAUUUGGGUGGAUCCCAUCGAUUCAACCUAUCAGUAUAUUAAAGGUUCUGCCAACGUGAAGUCCAACCAAGGAGUUUUCCCCAAUGGGCUUCAGUGUGUGACCAUUUUAAUUGGCGUCUAUGACAUACAGACAGGCAUGCCCCUGAUGGGAGUCAUCAACCAGCCUUUUGUGUCUCAAAACCUAACUACUCUAAGGUGGAAGGGACAGUACUACUGGGGCCUUUCUUACAUGGGGACCAACAUCCAUUCCCUGCAGUUCUCCAUCCCUAAAGGGAACAACAGUGAAACCCACACUGAAAACUCGGACCUGGAGUUCUCCCGCCCUUUUUCUGCAGUCAUCAGUACAAGUGAAAAAGAGACCAUCAAAGCCGCGAUGUCACGAAUAUGUGAAGGUGGUGUCUUCUCUGCGGCUGGGGCUGGCUACAAGAGCCUCUGUGUAGUGCAAGGCCUGGUUGACAUUUACAUCUUCUCAGAGGACACCACAUACAAGUGGGACUCCUGUGCUGCUCAUGCCAUUCUAAGGGCCAUGGGCGGGGGCAUUGUAGACAUGAAAGAAUGCUUGGCAAGAAGUCCCGAAUCAGGGCUGGACUUGCCACAGCUGCUGUAUCACAUGGAGAACAAAGGUGCUUCCGGGGUGGAUCUCUGGGCCAACAAGGGAGGACUGAUUGCGUAUAGGUCCAGGAAUCGGCUGGACACCUUUCUGAGCUGCCUCACCCAAAACCUCGGGCCUUUGAAGACACAAACAUAGGACUCUGACUGCAACUCGCCCUUAAGCCGAACUGAACCCCUUCCUGUUAUCGCUAUCUUUCAAAGAUAGUUUUGUCUUGUUGGUUAACGUUCAUCUUCCUCUUUUGAGGAACAUCUUCUCAUUAUGUGUUCAUAAUGUUAAUUUCAGUAAAUUAAUUAUGUUCAUGUAACAACUAAGUUGGUAUAUGAUAUUCUUAUAGUGAGCAUUGUUCUUUGUUCUGUUAAUAUUACUUGUGGAAGGAACCCUUCAAUAAAAUACCAAGGGAAGAGUAAAAAUA